GUAAACCAGAACAUAAAACAGAAAGCGGCGGGAAGCCAAAGGUUGAAUCACAGAGUACACGUCAGUGAAAGGGCGCGGAGAAGAGCGAGUGAGAGGCACGUGUCUGUAACUGCCUAACAGUCUGACCUCAGCUAUUCUUACUUCCAAAAAUAACAACACUUCUCCUACUGUUAAACCGCCUCCUUUCCAAGUAAUCAUAGAUUUUCUCCCCUCCAGAAUCUGCGGUAGAACUCAAUUCGUAAAACGUAUACUUACGAGAAUAUCUAUAGUUCGAUACACGCCUUUUCUUCUUCCCAAUGCGUGCCUUUCCGAUAUAACUUGAAUUUCUCGCUGAUUUUUGGCUCCAGUUUUCCAGGUCUUGCUCGAAAUGUCUAAACAGGCUGUGCUGUUUUGCCUGCACGUCUCUUUGCUCGCGAUUCUGCCUUUUCUAUCAUCCGCCCGUACAGAUGAACUCGAAGUUCAAACUAUCAGAGAGAUGUAUAUAGCCUUGAACUCUCCACCACAACUCCAAAACUGGGAACUAGUGGGAGGUGACCCCUGUGAGGAUCAUUGGGUUGGCGUUUCCUGUUUUGGUUCAUCAGUGACGCACAUUAGUCUUACUGGUUUGAACCUCACUGGCACUUUAGACUUCCAGAUUUCAAAUCUUCAACAGUUGAUCGAGUUGGACCUGAGCGCAAACAGUAUUGAAGGUGAAAUCCCAUACGCCUUACCACUUAAUCUGAUGCACUUGAGUUUGGCAUUAAAUCGUUUCAGCCAGAGAAUUCCCGAUUCUCUAUCGAACCUGAAAAAUCUCAAAAUACUGAAUCUUAGCCACAACAUAUUAUCUGGACAUUUGGGAGAUUUCAGUGGCUUGGGGAAUCUGACAGAGAUGGAUCUAUCACACAAUAACCUCACUGGAGAUCUACCUAGUUCGGUUGGAGGGUUAACAAGCCUAACAUCAUUGUUUCUGCAAAACAACUCACUCACUGGAUCAGUCAUUCUUUUGUCUCAACUCCCACUAAAGGACCUGAACAUUGCAGAUAACCAUUUCAGUGGAGUGAUCCCAGAAACUUUUCAAAAGAUUAGGAACUUAUGGAUUGGUGGUAACAGGUUUGAUAGAAUACAGAACUAUACACCAUGGAGUUUCCCUCUUGACUUUUUGCACAAUGAGCAGAAUAUUAGCAGUCCACCAAGUCCACAGAUUGGAGGGCACAAGAAGAAAAGACUAAGCUUUGAAGGAAUAGUUAUUAUAGUGGUUGGAGCCACUAUUUUGGGAAUCUGUGUUGCGACAUUGGUCCUUGUGUUGCUCUGUGGGUCUCAUAAGAAGUCGUUAGACGUUAUAGAAGGAAAUCAAAGCCCAACUCAAUCUUUUCCAACCAGUUCUACAAUUAGAGAUUUUUCCACUGCAGCUCAAGAAGACAGCCAUCAAUCAUCAAGAAUGAGAUUUCUUCCAGAACCUCUAGGGUUACCACCUUCUGCUCCCACCACAGCUGUGAAUGUGUCCACAAGAAGAAGUUUUGCCAAGAAAUGCAAAAUCCCAAUGUGUGUGAAACAUUACACAAUGGCAGAGAUUGAAGCAGCCACAAACAGCUUCAGUCAAGAAAACCUUAUUGGAGAUGGAUCGUUUGGAACGAUCUAUAGAGCAGAGUUUCCCAAUGGUCAGUUGUCUAUUGUGUACCAAAUUAACAAGGUAGAGCCGACUCUCGUCGAUGAACAAUUGUUGGAUAUGAUUAGGACCACAUCACGACUGAGGCACCCUAACAUAAUGACACUGAUUGGAUACACUGUGGAGGUUGGCAGCCAUUGUGUCCUAGUUUAUGAGUAUGUAAGAAAUGUCUCUCUCUAUGAUGCUUUGCAUAAUGAGGCCAGCAUGACCUUGCCUUGGAACCUCCGUCUCCGUGUUGCACUCGGCAUUGCCCGAGCUUUGAAUUACAUGCAUUCUUCUUGUGUUCCUCCAAUCGCGCAUGGAAACUUGACCGCUGCAAGAAUCUUGCUUGAUGAGGACCUGAGGCCUCAUAUAUCAGAUUGUGGCCUGGCAAACAUACGUCGUCUGAUAAAAAACAGUGUUAAACUCAAGCCUCUUGAGCUAGCAGCUGAUGGGAGUAGUUAUGACUUAUCAGAAGAUAAUGACAUACACGGGAGCACGAAAGAAGAUGUUUAUGAUUUUGGGGUGUUGCUUCUCGAGCUCUUAACAGGAAGGCACCCUUGUGACAGUUGGAGAUCAAGACGAAAGGCGGCGAAAGCAGACGAGGAGGAAGCUGACCUGGUGCAAUGGGCAAUACCCAGGCUGCACGACAAUGCUUCGCUGGCACAGAUGGUUGAUCCGCUCAUCCGAAAUACAAUCCCUGCCAAGACUCUCUCUCAUCUGGCUGACAUCAUCCUACUCUGCCUUCAGGCUGAGGAGUUUAGGGCGCCUAUGAGUGAAGUGGUGGAGGCAUUGAUGUGUGUAGUGCAGAAAUCAUCAUCAGCUGUGAGAGGAAAAGUGGCCACAGAUCCCUUUGACCGCUCAUUUCGUUCGACCAGCACCCACUUCGUUUCCUCUCCAACACAAAGUUAUUACUCCAUCUGAAUCCCUACUCGCACAUACCAUAUAUUGAUCUCACCACGGGGGCACCACUCCUACAGGGUCCAGCUAAAGAUGGUCUAUAUGAAUGGCCUAUCUCUUCCACCUGCUCCAUUCGUGCCUUCUCCAGUGUGACAGUGUCUCCUCAUCAGUGGCACUCUCGUCUUGGUCACCCAUCCUCAGUCAUUUUUAAUCAUAUUUUGUCUAAGUCUCAAUUAUCAAUAAAUCAUGUACCAGCUUCCGUUUUUAAUUGUGAUUCUUGUCAAUGUAAUAAAAGUCAUAAACUUCCAUUUCAUACAUCCUCAAUAAAAUCAUCUCAUCCAUUAGAAAUUA